AUGUUCGGCCCAGCACAACGUCGGUGCGCGCAACGCCUAACGUCCAUAUCAAUUCGCCCCUCCGAAUCCAUCCCGACUUUUCUGCUCCCUGCUUUCCAGGCCCCGACACCAACGCGAACGUUCAAAACAACGUCGUCAUGUCUGUCCAAGAUUGGGUCCGCACCGCUCUCGAUCCCCCCAGAAGUUAGCUUCACAGUGAUCCCACCGUCUGGGCGUGGCGCGAAAGGCUCAAGAUCAAAAUCCUCGCCGACGGUGCGCAUCAAGGGCCCAUUGGGCGAGCUCUCUAUGGAGAUUCCCCCAUAUGUCAUUAUCAACCAGGAUCCGAAGCUACCGGGACCGACAUUGUCGGUGCAGGACUCGACAGAUGCCAAGCAGAGAGCAAUGUGGGGUAAGGGAGCUCUAUUACCUGGCACAACCCGUGCCUAUCUCCAAAACCACAUUCUCGGUGUGAGCGAAGGCCACUCCGCCAUUCUCCGCCUCAACGGUGUCGGAUACCGUGCGUCCGUCGAGCCUACCGCUACAACUGUCGAGCCAGAAUACCCCGGCCAGCAGUUUGUAAACCUGAAGGUCGGAUACUCUCAUCCCGUUGAGCUGGGCAUUCCGAAGGGUGUAAAGGCCAGCACGCCCCAGCCGACUCGGUUGCUGCUGGAAGGGCCGGAGAAGGAAGUCGUCAUGCAGUUUGCCGCUAAGAUCAGGAAGUGGAGGGUUCCGGAGCCGUAUAAGGGCAAGGGUAUCUUCGUAAACGGCGAGACGAUCAAGCUGAAGAACAAGAAGAUCAAGUAAAGGAUGUCAGUGAUUGGUGGAAUUGGAGGGCUCGGAUUGUACUAAUUGGGAUACUGUAUUAUACUCGCAUAGAAGAGCGGUGGCAACAUGGCAUACCCAUGGUCGGAAUGAUCAAAGAUGUUUGAGCAACUGGGUCAUUCCUUUUUUGUGAUUGCGAUCAUUGUGAGUCGAUGUACACGCACGAUGCUAUGAUGCCUGAAAUGCUUUGCCGUCAGAUCCUCUUGAUCCUCUCUUACAGUUUCGCAGCCAACACCUCCUUGACGGCUUUGAUAACCUCGGGAAACACCCCUUUUGGAGCAGCUAUGACGCCCUUAUUUCCCUUCAAAGUCCUCCCCAACCCGAAGUCCAGAGGCUUCCCUUCCGAAUCCGCGAGCUCGCCGCCGGCCUCUUGCACAAUUACCGCACCAGCGGCAUGAUCCCAGAUUUUCUCUUCGUACGUCUUGCUGACAGGCAGGCGCAGAUACAGAUCACCAGCACCUCUCGCAAUA